AUGCUCCUAAAAAGUGAAAGCAACCUGCUCGCAAGCGCAAGUCGACCACUCCAAGCGAAAAUGAAAUUUCGGAGUCUGAAUCUCAAUCAGAUGAUCGUAACGAACAAGAACAACCAAUUCGUAACAAGGAGGAAGAUUCUGCUCGCAACGAAGAUGCGACAUCAAAUCCUAAGCACCAUUCCCUUAUCUACACCUUUAUACACUGAUUCCACUGUUCCUCCAACAACUUUUGGAGAACCUUCUAUUUCAGUCAACGCAUCUGAUGCAGGGGCUAAAACUUCAGGCUUUCAAUCAUCUCAUGUCUCUCCAUCCAUUUCCCCAAUAUACCAAGAUGAUCCUGAAAUGAUCUAUAGGGAUGAUGAAGAUGAGUUACCAGGGUUUACUUUUAGCCCAUUCACUGUUCACAAUGAAAGUGAUGAUGAGGCCCCAGUUACAAAGGGACAAUUAAAGUCAAUAAACGAAAAGCUUGACACUCUGCUUCAGGCUUCUAAACUUUCUUCUUCUGAUGAGUACUCCCAAGCCUCUAUUAAGUUCAUUCUUGAAACCCUCACCAAGGAGCAUUCAACUAAUCUCGAAAAGAUUAACAACGUUGUGAAUGCCUCUACCUCAAUCUGCAACGAAACUACUGAAAAAGUCGAUAAACUAAGUUAUGAUGCUACUACGUUUAUGAACAACUUCCAGUAUUCUUUUGAGACCAAUAUAGCGAGAGCUAAUGAAGAAAUUGCAAAUCUUGGCUCGUCUCUUAAAGAAAGAACAAAACUGCAAGAAGUCGGAACUGGAAUCAUCACUGAUCACGAAGAGUUCAAAUCAUCCAUUUCUUCUCAAAUAUCUAAACUUCAUGAUUAUAUCGCCAUGGAAAGCAAGGGACUCCCUUGCCAUUAA